ACGGCAGUGUCGGAGUCGGAGUUUAGUUACGUGUUUAAAUAUUAGUAACUGUGAAAAUUGUGCAAAUUAUUAUAAACCAUUAGCAAAAAGCACAAAACUCUCCGCUGCUUGCAAUAACUACGAAAUACGCAGCGUGCACUCAGCAACUAAGUUAAUAGAAAACCAAACCAAGUCCAAUAAACUCGGAAAGUGUGUGUAAAAACCAAUUAAUAAUAUAGGUCUAUCGCCAAGGCUCUGCUGUCUUUGGGGCCCACACAUUAAAGGAACAACAACGUCAGGAAAUAAACGUGCGGUUGACUUUAUUUAUUAUUUAGGACAAGAAUUUAGAAUUAAGAGACCAAUUUAUAAUUGCAAACAAUUAUCCGUGAAGCUGGCAUGUUAAGUGUGUUCGAUGCCAGUGCGGUUAAGUGUCGUCUAUGGCCGAGUCCGUUAAAAGUCAAACGCUCUCUGCAUUGACGGAGGGGCAGCACGACGGUAGUACAACAACAGCAACAAUAGCAACUGCCACCGGCAAUACACAACGGCGCUGCAACAAUUAUAACAGUCACAAUAACAAAAGCAAUAACAAGAAACGUAAUUCAGCAACAGCAGCAACAUCCACGACAACAAUAGCUGCUGCUGCUGCUCCUUCUGCCGCAUCCUUCGGACGACGUUCGCGCAGUAAGAGUCGCAGCCUCACAGCAAUUGUAGCAGCAGCGACAACAACAACAACCUGCGGGAACAGCAAGAUUAACAGGAAAUCCACAGGAACCGAAGUUAAUCGACGCUCUGCAGAACACAGCAGUGUGAUCACCUCCACACGUGUUGCGUCCAACACCAACACAUCGUCAAACAACGUAAACGCCAACGAUUCAUCCUUAUCGCCAGGCAGUCGCAAGCGCCAGCAUCAUCAACAACAGAUUAACAACAACAACUACAUCAGUAACCACAACCAGCAACAACGUUCAUCUGCGCCCGGCGGGGACCAAUACGUGGAGCUAAAUUCACCGUUGAAGAAGCGUCGUGUGCAGCAGGCUCUACAAUCAGCCGCUGCAGCUAUCAGUGAAGGCGCCUCGUCGGCUGGAGGGGCAACUGCAACGGACGACACUCAAUUGCAGCACACACCGCGCUUAACACCCGGCGGCGAUUGUGUGGCCCAGCGCACACGCUCCAAGACUCUCACGCCCGAGGAGCUGCCAAGUACCAGCAGCGCGGCCGCCGCACGUCACAGCAGCAGCAACACCAAUAGCAACUGUCAGCACGUGAUUGGUGUGACGCCACAGCGUGGGGCAGCUGGUCGAGCAGGGGCGCGCAGCACUAGCGGUGGCAACAGCAGCACUAGUGGCAGCAACUUGCUCAACUACUACCGCAAGACACGCAAAGUGAGUCACACGCGUGGCAAGCCCACGGCAGCACCUGCAGCACCUGCACCACCUGCACCACAACAGCAACCGGAGCAGGAGGAUUCGCUAGGUAAAAUCCCGGAGACAGCAAACGCACGGCUGCAGGCCAGCAGCUCGGCGGUUAUAGCAGCGGCAGCAGCCAUUGACGCUGCCCGCCAGGACUCCGGCCACCACCACCAUAACAACAAUAACGUCGCUGUUAAACGUCUGGACAAGAAGACCAAUACCAGCAACAAGUACAUCAAGUACCGAAAGAGUUUACGCAACUAUCAGCAACAGCUGCUCGCCAGAAUUGACGGGACAGCGGAAAAGAUUCCAAGCAAGGAGGACGAGCAGUUGGAGCAUAACGAGAACAUUUGCGGUAACUUGGAGGACCAGCGACAGCAUCUAGAGGCCGAGGCGGAGGCCAACAGCAUAGACGUCAACGAGCAAGAGGACACCGCCGCCGCCGCCGCCGCUAUUGACGGUGGUGCGAACGGGCUAUUUGAGGCCGCCGGCGGAAACAACUCCGCCGAGGAGCUGGACGAACAAGAACAGGAUCAGGAAGACGACGAAGAUCAAGAGGAGGAAGUGGAAGCCGAAGAGGAGGAGGUGGGUUUCUACGAAAUAGUCAACUCAGCGGACUCAUCAUACGAGGAAGACGCCCAGAUCGUUGCCGAAGAGGACGAACUCAGCGAAGAGGAGGACGUGGACGACGAGGAAGACGACGAUCUUGAGGAGGAUUUCGACGAAGAGGAAGACGAUCUCUCAGAGGGUGAAUUCGCUGAGCAUAUUAUUGGUGAACUUGGUGGGUCGCAACAAGCACGUGCAGCACCACCGUCUAUUAUAUACCAGCAGCAGCCACGUUACGCAGCAGCAACAUUUGUGCCGCCACCAACACAACAGCAGCAUACGGGCUACGUACAGCAGCAACAUUCUUCACUGCGUCGCAGUUCACGUGGCAAAACGGGUUCCUGUGUGAGUUCAGCAGCAGCAGCCGGCCAGCAACAGCAGCAACAUCAUCUGCAGCAACACCAAUUAACAGCAGCAACAGCUGUUGUUGUUGCUCCCGGCACUGCUGCUGCUGCCGCUACACUUCAGCAACAACAGCCGCCCAAUCAAUAUCAAUACCAUCAGCAAUUGGCCGGUAACACGGUGGUUGUUGCGGUGCGCCAACAACAACAGCAGCAGCAACAACACGUGACCCUACAGCAACAACAGCAGCAACUGCAUCAACAGGCGCUGCAGCACCAACAGCAGCAGCAACAACAACGUGCAACAAUUGUCCAGCCUGGCUUUCUGUUCAGCUACCGCAGUAAUCACAAUCAGCAGCACCAACAACAUUUGCAGCAGCAACCGAAAGCAACGCACAGCAGCGCUUCGGAUGCUUUAACAUAUAGUUUGAUGGCACAACAGCAACAACAAGCGCCAAAUGGACCGCCGCAUGCAGGUGGACAGCAACUGACGUCAGGAUCUAACUCGGCCAACCUCAGCAUUGUAGCAGCCGCAUUGAGUGCCGCACGUGGAGACUCUGCAGUCAACGUUAACGUUAGCAGCGCAGUGGGCGCCAACAGCAGCAACGCUAGCGGCGGCAGCGGCAACAGUGCCUCGGCCAGCGGCAGCAGCAACAAUGUAACCACAACAACAGCUGCAGCUGCAGCAACAACUGCUGCUACUGCCAGUGCUGUGCAGUCAGCAGCAACGGGUGCAACAGGUGCCGGAUCAUCAGCCACAACCGGCGCCGCUGCCGCUGUGAAUGCUGCUGCCGCGGCCGCUGCUGCCGCAGCAGCUGCCGCUGACUCAGAGAGCGAUGACAGCGAGGUGGGACGCCUCCAAGCUUUGCUCGAGGCACGAGGCCUGCCGCCGCAUCUGUUUGGAGCAUUGGGGCCGCGGAUGACACACAUACUACACCGGACCAUUGGCAACAGCAGCACCUCGAAGGCAAAUCAGCUGCUGCAGGGCCUGCAGUCGCACGAUGAAUCCCAACAGCUGCAGGCCGCCAUCGAGAUGUGCCAAAUGCUGGUCAUGGGCAACGAGGAUACCCUGGCCGGCUUCCCUGUCAAGCAGGUGGUGCCCGCCCUCAUCCAGCUGCUGCGUAUGGAGCACAAUUUUGAUAUCAUGAACAACGCCUGUCGGGCCCUGGCCUACAUGCUGGAGGCACUGCCUCGCUCCGCUGGAACUGUCGUCGACGCAGUGCCCGUGUUCCUGGAGAAGCUACAGGUCAUCCAGUGUAUGGAUGUAGCUGAACAGAGUCUGACUGCACUAGAGAUAUUGUCGCGACGCCACAACAAGGCCAUACUGCAGGCGAAUGGCAUCAGCGCCUGCCUCACCUACCUGGACUUUUUCUCGAUCGUGGCCCAACGCGCUGCCCUCUCGAUCACCGCCAACUGCUGCCAGAACAUGCAUGCCGAGGAGUUCCACUUCGUCUCCGAGAGCUUGCCCCAGCUGGCCCGCCUGCUUUCGCAGCAGGACAAGAAGUGCGUGGACAGCGUGUGCACCGCUUUCUGGCGUCUGGUCGAGAGUUUCCCACACGAUGGCAAGCGAUUGCAACAGAUUGCCAGUCCCGAUCUCCUCAAGAAUUGCCAGCAGCUGCUGGUGGUGACGCCGCCCAUACUCAACACGGGCACCUUCACUAAUGUGGUGCGCAUGCUCAGCCUGAUGUGCGCCGCCUGCCCGGACCUGGCCAUAUCGCUGUUGCGCAACGAUAUAGCCGCCACCUUGCUCUAUCUGCUCACCGGCAACGCUGAGCCGGCGGCGGCCAGUGCUACUCACGUGGAGCUCGUGACACGUCCGCCUUUGGAGCUGCUGGAGCUGACAUGUUUGAUUGGCGAGCUGAUGCCACGCCUGCCGCUGGAUGGCAUCUUUGCCGUGGACGCUCUGCUGGAUCGGCCCACGCUCAAUACCCAGGAUCAGGUGCAGUGGCAAUGGCGCGACGAUCGUGGCGCUUGGCACAACUAUUCCACCAUUGACUCCCGCCUGAUUGAGGCGGCCCAUCAGAGCAGCGAGGACGAGAUCAGUCUGAGCACACUGGGACGUACCUACACGGUGGACUUCCAUGCCAUGCAGCAGAUCAACGAGGAUACGGGCACCACCAGACCCGUGCAGCGGAAACUGAAUCCCAAUUAUGUGGCACCCGGUGCAGCGGCAGCAGCAGCCGCCGCAGCAGUUGCAGCCGGCCAGGACUUGAGUACAAGUGGUGCGGCCACCACAUCCACGGCGGCAGCAGCAGCAGCUGCUGCUAACAACAACAACAACAAUACGAGCAGCAACUCCUCGUCGCAUCUGGCGAAGCGUCGCCCCUCGCUGGAUGCUCGCAUCGCCUGUCUGAAGGAGGAGCGCGGCCUGGCUGCCGACUUCAUCAAGCACAUCUUCAACGUGCUGUACGAGGUGUACAGCUCCUCGGCCGGACCCAACGUGCGCUACAAGUGCCUGCGCGCCUUGCUGCGCAUGGUCUACUAUGCGACGCCCGAGCUCCUGAGGCAGGUGCUCAAGUAUCAGCUGGUGUCCAGCCACAUUGCCGGCAUGCUGGGCAGCAAUGAUCUGCGCAUUGUGGUCGGCGCCUUGCAGAUGGCCGAGAUUCUGAUGCGUCAGCUGCCGGAUGUCUUUGGCACGCAUUUCCGCCGCGAGGGCGUCAUCUAUCAGUUCACCCAGUUGACCGAUCCCAGCAAUCCCAUUUGCGCCAAUCCUUCGCCGAAGCCGUUGAGCACCGCUGCCACGCCCACGACCAAUGCAGGCGGAUCGCAGAGUGCGCCCGCAUCGGCGAACAGCCUGCAGGUGAAUCCCUUCUUCAUGGACAGUGUGAGCGUGGGCUCAGGCUCGACUGGAGGCGGAUCCAGCAGCGCCAAUGCCACGCCCAGCAGCUCCAAGCACCAAUCGUACAGCGUGAAGAGCUUCUCGCAUGCCAUGAACGCGCUCACCGCCAGCGCCAACACAGUGUCCAAGCAACAGCAGCAGCAGCAGCAACAUCAGCAAGCAGCAACUGUUGCUGCUGGAAUGGAUGGCACUGGAACCAGCUACAACUAUAGCAGCUCUGCGCCUUGCUCGUCCUCUGGCGUUGCCUCCGUCACGGCCGCUGCAGCGCCGGCUCCUGCUGCCUUCUUUGUGGCUGCCACAGCAACCGCCGAUCCACGACAGUAUCUGAAUUUCCAGCAGCCAGCUGCACCGCUCGAGCUAUUGCCCAAUAGCCAGCAGCAACAACUCACGCCCGCACAGAUUAUCUUCAACAAUUCGGCAGGCGGCGCCAGCUACCAGCAGCAGACACCACAGCAGCAGCCACAGCACAUGGGCGUGGCUGUUGCCUCGACCAGUGCGGCAGCAGCUAACACCAAUAGCAGCAGCAGCAACAGUGCCAAUAACAACAAUAUUAACUCGUCCUCCUCGGCACUGCAACACAAGAUGACGGAUAUGCUGAAGCGCAAGGCGCCGCCCAAGCGCAAAUCCCAGAGCAGCGGACGGGCCAAGUCCAGGCAAGAGGAUGCCGCAACGGCAGCUGUUGCCACCAAUUCGGCCAGCUCGGCCAUGCACGAGCUGCUCAGCCGUGCGACGAGUCUGGGCAGCAACGCAGGUGGCCGCAACACUCCCAGCACAGGGUCGGGCUCAAACAGCGGCUCGGGCAAUUCCAAGUCGCGCUUCAGCGCCGGCAAUACGAAUAAUGGAGGCAGCUCCUCUACCAAAUCCUCAUUUCUGUCCUCGCUCAAUCCGGCACGCUGGGGACGCCAGAUGGCGCACAAUUCACAGCAGCAGCAACAGCAAUCCGCAUCGCAUCACGGACUGUCUAAAGAUGGCAGCAACACCACCAACAGCAGCGGCUCCUCGACUGGAGGCGCAUGCGGCUCAUCCUCUGGACUUUCCUAUUCGGGCAGCGCUACUGGCGGCAGUAUGAACGCCGCCGCCGUGGCUGCCAGCAUCAGCAAGAGCAUCUCGCAUGCCAAUCUGAUGGCGGCCGCCAAUCGGGAGCGGGCACGCCAAUGGGUGCGAGAGCAGGCCAUCGAUUUCGUCAAACGCUACACGGAGCAGGAAGCACGGCGUAGCAAAGCCCGCGAGAGUGAGGGCGCCAGUGGUGGAGCAGGAGCAGGAGCAAAUGCAGGUUCAAGUGGCGCAGCAGUAGCCGCUUCAACCACAUCGCUGGCUAGCACCACCGUCCUGGAACGUUUAUCGAGCAUUCUGCUCAAGUUGAACGGCAGCUACCACGACUGCCUGGAUGCGCUCCUUGAACUGAAGACCAUCCUGCUGGAGAGCGACAUAUCACCGUUUGAGGUGAACCAUUCUGGCUUAAUCAAGGCCAUGCUCAACUACAUGACCAGCGAAACAGGUCUUGUGGAGCGCGACGCUCGUCUGCGUAGCUUUAUGCACGUCUUUGCCGGAUUGCCGUUGGAGCCACUUCUCCAGAAUGUGGGCCAGCUGCCGGCGAUAGAACCGCUCGCCUUUGGCGCCUUCGUGGCCAAGCUAAAUGGCUGCGUUACACAGCUCGAACAAUUUCCCGUCAAGGUGCACGAUUUCCAAGCCGGACCCGGCGGACGCACCAACCAGAGUGCACUACGUUUCUUUAACACCCAUCAAUUGAAGUGCAAUCUGCAGCGUCAUCCGCUGUGCACCAAUCUGCGCCAGUGGAAGGGCGGCACCGUCAAGAUCGAUCCUCUAGCCAUGGUCCAGGCCAUCGAGCGGUAUUUGGUGGUGCGCGGCUAUGGCGGAAUACGCGCCGAUUCCGAUGAUGACAGCGAGGAGGAUAUGGAUGACAAUGUGGCCGCUGUGGUGAUGACCCAGUCUGGCUUCAAGCACAAGCUGCAAUUCCUCAUCGGGGAGCAUGUGCUGCCCUACAAUAUGACCGUCUACCAGGCGGUCAAGCAGUUCUCUCCGCUAGUCAACGAGCAGCACGAGACGGACAACGAGUCCGAGAUGCUGCUAGGCAAUAGCAGCAUUUGGGUGCAGCAGCACACCAUCUUCUAUCGCCCCGUCGAGGAGGAACUCGCUGGCGGAUCUGGGCCAAACAGCUCCUGCAGCAGUAGCAGCAGCAGUCAGGCCCACAAGCAAAAUCUGACACACAGCAACAGCAGCGGCAGCAGCACCAGCCAUGCUACGUCCAGUGGAACACUUGUGCUCGCCACCUCGUGCUCCACCUCCAGCUCGUCUAAUUCGGCGGCCAGCUCCAGUACUGGCGGCAAGAAAUCCCACAAAUCCAGCAGCAAAUUUAUGCGCAAAAAGACCGAACUGUGGCACGAGGGCAUUGCCCCGCCGGUGGUGUCACCAUUGAAGCCAUACCUGUGCAGUAGCCUGCCCGCUGAUGUGGUGACCGUGCAGGAUGCCUCGCUGGAUGCUCUGUGCAUGCUGCGUGUCAUUUAUGCUCUGAAUCGACACUGGGAGUACCUCUAUGGCUGCGUGGUGCGCCAGAAUAUCAUUGCCAAUACUGAGUUUGUGCAUCCAAAGAUUACGGCCAAGGCGAAUCGUCAGCUGCAGGAUCCGCUGGUCAUCAUGACGGGCAAUCUGCCACAAUGGUUGCCUCAGAUUGGCAUGGCCUGCCCCUUCCUCUUCCCCUUCGAGACGCGUCACUUGCUUUUCUAUGCCACUAGCUUUGAUCGGGAUCGGGCACUGCAGCGCCUGUUGGACACCACACCGGACCUGAACUCGGCCGAGUCAUCGGAACGUGUGGCGCCACGUCUUGAUAGACGCAAGCGAGCCAUCUCCCGUGCCGAGCUGCUCAAGCAGGCCGAGCACAUACUCCAGGACUUUGGUAAUUCCAAGGCCCUGCUGGAGAUUCAAUACGAGAAUGAGGUGGGCACCGGACUAGGACCCACGCUGGAGUUCUAUGCCCUGGUAUCUGCGGAGCUGCAGCGCACGGACCUGGGUUUGUGGAAUGGCAGCGAUAGCUAUCGCCAAAAUUCAUCCAAUAUUGCAGACGUGGUCAAGUCCAGCAACGCUGUGGUGCACAUUGAGGACACAGUGGAGUCCAAUAGCGAGGCGGUUGCAAUGUCCACUGUCGUGACGGCUGCCGCCACUCAACCAACGAACACACAUCUGACCCGCAGCAACAGUCGCAGCAAUGCGCUGCGCAACCAGCAGGCACAGGCACAGGCUCAGGCUCAAGCCCAGGCCCAGGCGCUGGCGGAGCACAGCUCCUCCAGCUCGAAUGACAACGCUUUAAAUAUGAUUAUUGCACAGCAGUUUAGUGAUAUGGCAGCCGCUGAAGGUGGCGCCAACAAUUCCCCCCAAGUGCUGGAAGAACAGACUAUAACGACAACCACAGCAGCCGGAACAGUCACUGCUACAACAGCAACCAUUCAAACGGGAUCUACUGUUAGCUACGUCCACGCCGCACACGGCCUGUUUCCUAUGCCUCUGGGCAAAUCCUCCAAGCUGCCACAGAUGACCAAGGCCAAAUCCAAGUUUAAAUUCCUGGGCAAGUUUAUGGCCAAGGCCGUAAUGGACAGUCGCAUGCUCGAUUUGCCAUUCUCGCUGCCCUUCUAUCGCUGGUUGAUCAACGAGGAGCUAUCAAUUGGACUGGCCGAUUUGAAGCGUGUCGCACCCGAAGUGCAAAGCACAUUGGUGCGUCUGCAGGAUGUGGUGCGACAGCGCGAGGAUAUCCAAAUGGAUCCCAAUCUAGAUGCUAUGGAGAAGAAGGAGAAGAUGGAGCAAUUGGAUUUGGAUGGCUGUCCCAUUGCGGAUUUGGGACUAGAUUUCGUAUUACCCGGACAUGCCAACAUUGAACUCUGCCGUGGCGGACGCGACACGCCCGUAACCGUGCACAACUUGCAUCAAUACAUCUCACUGGUCACCUACUGGUUCCUUGUCGAAGGCGUACAGAAACAGUUCGAGGCGCUGCGCGAGGGCUUUGAUUCCAUAUUUCCCAUACAACGACUGCGCAUGUUUUAUCCGGAGGAGCUGGAGUGCGUGUUUUGCGGGUCUGGCAGCGAACAGCAUCAGAGCUGGGAUCUCAAAAUGCUGCAGGACAGCUGCCGCACCGACCAUGGCUUCCAUCAGGAAUCUCAGGCCAUACAAUUUCUGUACGAGAUUCUCGUCUCGUACAAUCGUGAUGAGCAGCGUGCGUUCCUUCAAUUCGUCACCGGAUCGCCACGUCUGCCAACUGGUGGCUUUAAGUCGCUGACUCCGCCGCUGACCAUUGUGCGCAAGACUUUGGACGGGAACCAAAAUCCCAAUGAUUAUCUACCAUCUGUGAUGACCUGUGUCAACUAUCUCAAGUUGCCCGACUACUCGAGUCGUGAUGUGAUGCGGCAGAAGCUGAAAGUGGCUGCCAACGAGGGCAGCAUGUCCUUCCAUCUGUCUUAAAAAGAACAACAAAUUAGAAACAUGAAGAGCUAAUAUUAACUAAAGGAAGAAACUAAAGCAAGAAACGUUCUACACACACACACACACACACACACACACACGUUCUACACACACAUACACAUGCAACGUAUAUAUAGUUCUAUUUAUCUUUAGAUGAUUAUAGUAACUGUGAAACACUGCAGCAGCAACCGGAUAGCAGCAACAGCAACUGAAGCAAACACCAACAAUCAAUUCAAUUGUUCACGCAAUUUUGCUAUUUCUCUCUUUCCCUUCUUCUACACAUGCGUACCCGCCUCCCACCCAACAUAAUUGGCUAAAUUUCGAUAUAUCAUAUGUUUAUAUACAUAUAUAUAUAUAUAAAUUUAUGUAUGUAUAUAUAUAUAUAUAUAUUUUGUAAUACUCUCAAAUUUGCUUAUCAAAAGGAGACACUGGCUCACUUUUGCGUGCACUGCAGCCUGUUGUUAGAAACCACACACACACACACGCACAGACACACACACUCGUGGUCCCCUCUGCCCACACACACGUGAAACUCCUCGCGUACCCCCUCACAAACACAAACACAAACACAUUGAUAUAUACAGUAACACAUAUUGCAAAGGCCAACAAUUAAAAUGCUAUUAAAUAAAUUAAUUAGUAAAGCGCAUAAAUUGCAAGAAACCAAAA